AUGGGCCGGAACGGAUGGCGGCAUCAAGGACAGCAGCAGCCUUGGUCUUAUUGGCAAGGUGCUUGGUCUCCUCGCAAGGCCCCGUGGAAAGCACAGCCAGAUGGUCAGGAUGCUGCAGCAGGGAGGGGCAAGAACCCCUUCCCAACUUACGAUGGCAAGAAGCCGUCACCAUCGGAACCAAGUCGUCCUCUGGUGGAAACUGUGGACUGCAAGGAGGCCGCGUUCAUGCGGGAGCACAAGCGUUACUCCAGUGCUAUGCUGAAGAUAGAACAGGAUCUACAGGAAGCACUGCAACAGCAGGAAGCUGCCCGGCUGAAGGUCCGGGAAGUAGCCAUGGGGGCGCAGCCAGCUGCGGAUAUGGGUUCCCUUGCCGAAAGCCAAGAGUGGGAGAACAUGAUGCGGAACGCCAUGGAAGAUUUGGAGCCAGCGUCGCCAAUGACUGGUGUGCUGGAGAGAGCGCUUCUUCAGCAGGCCCCACCGUUGAGCACCGGACAGAGUGCUGCCCGAACCCCUUGCCCUGUUGUGGCGGUACCAGUUCAGGAGAGUGCCUCUGCAGCACCUGUGAUGAACGCAUACACAGCAAACAGCCCGGGGCCAUGUCUCAAGGACCCAUACAUGUCCUCGCCAAGUGGAGGCCUUGGAAGGACGCUGCAGUCAAGGCAAUCCUCGCCAGCUGGAGUUCCUUCCCACCCUGCUUCGGGACCGCUGGGUGGCAGGAAGUCGCCUCAUGCUCCCAGGGCCAAAGUCUCCGUCAAAGAAGCCACGAAGUCUGCGCCGUCUCAUCAGCCCCCAGAAGCUUCCUUGCGUGCCAAGCUGCAGGCCAAGCGAGCUGCGCUCCAGCCUUUUGGAGUGGAGCCUGCAACGGCGCCUCCUGUUGCGCAGUCGAGUGGACCAGGGACAGUGUCAAGCGCCGCGCUGGAGCUCAGCGAUUCAGACCUGGAGGAGCGGCCGCUGAGCAGCUUGGGGCCACCGUUGGGAGGGAUGGAGUGA